AUGUCGUUGCUAUACACCGUGUGUUUUGACUUGAUUCUCGGUUACAACGUGACGUUGCCUACUACACUGGCGAGCAUCUGCACCUUACGUUUUAUGCUACCAAAGAGGCGGCCCACCAGUCUUUUGAACAUGAUUCCAUAUCCGUGCCAUCAAACCCGGCAGCAUUACAACAACACCAAUCUCCAUCCGUUUCGCAAUACCCGCAGCACCAUUCCACCCGUCUUCAUCGCGCUCGCACUCGCCACAGCUCCAGAGCCUAUAGGCGUCGACAGCGACCCAGUCAUCGAUGAUGAUGUCGAGUCAUUUGGGGGGAAUAUCAAUCACACUGCACGAAGCUGUGGCAUGGCCGGCUGGGAGAUCAGAAGAUGUAGCUAA